AUGUCUUUUGCUAAAGAAAGAAUUAGAAAGUUGCUUGCAGAGGUGUUGGCAGAGAGUGAUAAUGAAGGUGACUAUGAUGAUGAAUGUGAAGAAACUAUAGAUGAGUGCUGCUUCUCAAAUAAUUUGUUACUUCUUCAGCUCUUACACAUCCUGUGGAAAUCGGAUGCUGGAUAUGGUGUUAAAUCCAGGGUAUCAGCAGAAAGCAUGGAUUGUAUGCAGACAUUAUCACAACAUCCUAAGGCAAUUGAUGCUGUGUAUUUUAAUUUGGCAAAUGAAGAAGGGUGGCACCUGAUUACUGGAACUGCCCAUCGACCGCAUGGUGUAGUUAAUGGCUUCCUUUAUGUGAAGGUUCCUAAUGUAGGGCUCCUAAUGUCUCCAAAACUGCCAGACACCAUGAUGUUCAGAAAUGAACUGGAGAGGAUAGACAAAUAUGGAGCAGAGGGACUAGUCAUUGCACCAUUUCAGCCAAUGAGAACAUGGGAAUUGCAGUACAAAGGAAAAAUGAAGUCAAGUACUGAUGAAAACAAAUUAUUUGAUGUUGAAAUCAACGCAGUUUGGAGUUCUGAAUACCGGUAUUUUGAUUAUGAUACUGACAUGGAUCCUUUGUGUAUCUCACGUGCUAUGGCUUUAGAGACAUGGAGUAGAGAAUAUUUCCAAAAUGUGCGAAGUUCCCACCAGACUCACUAUGAACAAUUUGGGAAGUUACAUGGUAAAGUGACAGUGAAUGGAAAACAGUACACAGUAAAGAUGGAUGGUGUAAGAGAUCACAGUUAUGGGGAAAAACGUGAGUGGAAGAAUUUUCAUCGUUAUGUGCUGCACUACAUUACUCUUGAAAAUGGAAUGAAAAUAUCAGCUGGUAUCAUAUGUGCACCACUAGCUUUCUCACGAUUGGAAAUUGGUUAUGUGUAUCAAGAAAGUGGAGAACCAAUACCAUUAAAUGGCUGUAACCUUAAACUGUACCAACAUGGGGAAGGUGGUACACCUCCAACCCAUUAUGGUUUUUCUUUUGAAGCAGGAGGAAUGUGGUACCAUGUUCAAGUAGAAAUCUUUGAGAGAUCUGAAUUUUAUAUUGGUUGGGAGUGGGAAACACGUGUGGUGGAAUGCCUAGGAAAUUUUAAAGUGAAUGGCGUUAAAGGCUGGGGUGCAGCUGAAUGGCAGUACCGUCACAUGGGGGGUCGUCCAGAUGAGGUAGCUUCCAGUGAUCCAGAAUGGGCAAAAUCCAUUGAAAAGGCAUAA